UUACUAGCUAGCCUAAAAGAGAAGAACAAUAGUGGCUUUAAAGUCACUUUUGUUUGUUUGACUGUAAGCAAGAUUUAAAGCAACGAAUAUACAAAUAAAGUAGACACAUCAGGGCAUUCAUGGUAUUUGCAUAGAACAUUUCAGAGACUGCCACUCACACAGACAUCACCCCCACUCACCAAUCCAAAAUAGCAGCGGGUUGCUUUGGAAGGACAUGUAGGUGGAGUGCAGGAUGCAAAGGGAGGUGCUGAAGGGGAGAAUGAUCAGACACAGACGGCCUUUAAAGCACAUUUAAACUGGUUUUGUCCUUCAUUCAGGCUAAAACAAAACCACACACUAACUUGUGGACGAUGGCUUCAACUACUUCGAGUGACGUUCUGCCAAAGGGAGGAAAGAUCUUCACCACCUUUCCUGACGUACUCUUCCUCCCCGAGUUUGUGAUUGGGGGCUUGGUGUGGAUCUUGGUUGCAUCGACUCAUGUAUAUUUGCCAAACCCCUUAGGCUGGGUGAUGUUUGUGUCCGUCUUCUGCUUUGUUGGGACAACACUUUGGUUCUUCAUCUUCGCGUGUGGAGGCAACCAGAGCAGCUUUUGGCCAAGCAUGGAUGUGGCCUUCCAUUUUGUGUCUACAGUUUUUUACCUGAGUGCAUCAGUGAUUCUGGCCUUCGUGACCUAUACCUUUGGCCAAUCUAUAGGAACUCUGUUUAGUGUUGAACCCAAAGUCUACAGGCUGUGCAUUUCUGCAGUGGUUAUGUCCCACGUGGCCACUCUUCUUUACUUCAUCCAUACCAUUUUUUCUGCCAUUCGAUGGAAGAGAUCCUAAAAAGAAAACAACUCACAGAAAUGAAAAAGAAAAAAAAAUCUAAAAAAAACAA